AUGAAGGAUUCGAUAUCUGCAGAGAAAGCCGCCGCCGAAUGCGUUUCGGACGAGGCGCUUAUCCAUCUCAAGACGUACAAAUAUUCGGCCGUCGACAAGUCGCCCGUCUCCAAUUACAUCCUCAAGCCCUACUGGAAUGCCUUCGUCGAGUUCCUACCAUUAUGGGUUGCCCCCAACAUGGUGACCCUGAUUGGGUUCGGCUUCAUUGUGGCUAAUGUCGGCCUCCUACUGAUAUUCAUGCCAGAUCUGGUUGGCCCGGGUCCUUCGUGGUUAUAUUUCAGCUUCGCUUUCGGCCUCUUCGCAUACCAGACGAUGGACAAUGUCGACGGCAAACAGGCGAGACGCACCGGAACCUCCAGCGGCCUGGGAGAGCUCUUCGACCAUGGCAUCGACAGUCUCAACUGCACACUCGCUAGCUUGCUCGAAACCGCCGCUAUGGGUCUGGGCACCACCAAGGCCGGUGUCUUCACUGCGCUGUGCCCCUGCCUGCCCAUGUGGUUCUCGACCUGGGAAACAUAUCACACGCAUACCCUCUACCUCGGAUACAUCAACGGACCUACGGAAGGAAUUCUUAUCGCCUGCUUGCUGAUGGCGAUCAGCGGGUGGUAUGGCCCUGAAAUCUGGACCGAAAGACUGGCCGAUAACCUCCACCUGUUCAGCUUCCUCGGGUUGACCGAAGAGAACCUGGGCGACACCUCUUUCCAGGACAUUUGGGUCUACUUCCUGAUUGGCGCCAUGUUCUUCCACAUUCCGUUCUGCAUCAUCAAUGUCGUCAAUGCUCGCCUGUCGCGCAACGAGCCUCUUCUUCCGGUCUUCCUCGAGUGGACUCCGAUCGUCGUUUUUACCCUCAGCGUUGGUGCCUGGCUCUAUAGCCCAUACUCGACACUGAUGGCCGAGAACCACCUGGUGCUCUUCUGUGUUUGCAUGUGCUUCGUCUUUGGCCGCAUGACCACCAAGAUGAUUCUCGCUCAUCUCACCAAGCAGCCCUUCCCCUUCUGGACUGUCAUGCUCUGGCCUUUGGUGGGAGGUGCCUUCAUCGGAAACCUUCCCCGCUUUGGACUUCCUGCUGUCACCGCGCAAUUCGAGCACCUUUACCUUUGGGCUUACCUGGUGUUUGCGUUCAUCGUCUACUCUCGCUGGGCUUGGCUGGUCACCACGAGCAUCUGCGACUUCCUUGGCAUCAACUGCCUUACCAUUCCCCACGAGAAGCAGAUGGCCAACAAGCAGAUUGCGAGGGAGAUCGCGGCACAGGCUGCCGCCGCCGUUCCUGUUGGCCCCGCUAAGAAGGAUUAA